CGGACGCGCGCUGAUGACGUAAAAAACCCUCUAUGUAAACAUGGCGGCUGCUGAACCGGUGGCAGACGAGGCUGAAGAUUAUUCCUUUUUACCUAUUAUACACGACAUAAUAAAAUGCAUGGACAAAGACAGUCCAGACGUCCUCCAGGAGCUGAACAAGCUGAAGACGAGGCUCCAGGAGGCCCGGGAGCAGAUCUCAGGCACGCCGGGGAUCGAGCUGAGUCCCGCGCUUCAGGAGAGCAGACUGCGCGCGCUCCGAGAACAGGUCCGCACCAAGAACCAGCUGCUGCACAAAUACAAGAGUCUGUGCAUGUUCGACAUCCCCAAGCCCUCCUGAGACCCCGUGCAGAGAGACACACCCUGCUGAGACCCCCUGCAGAGACACCCUGUCCGAGCUGAACCCACCGCUCACUGACCACACACUCAUAUGAGCUCUACUUUUCAUCAUUUCUCUGUAGUGUUGGUUGGAUUAUGUAUGCUUGAAGUGGAUUCUGUAUGCUUUACACGUGUCCUAGUUUGUGCAUUAAAUUAAAUAACUUCUUUUCUUACUUCUCAA